AUGGCGAAUUUAGAUGCUAGUGCAGUUGCUCCCGAAGAUCGCGUGCGGUUUUAUAAGCUCAAGGUACAGUCGGUGUUUGAACGCGUAAAAAAGCUACAAUCCAAGGUCGAUUCAGAUGCUCUUGCCGAUCACAGUGACAGCACUCUAAAUGUUCUACUGGAGCAUAUCGACAAGCUAAGCCACUCCUUUAGCAAGGCCCAUGAAAGUCUAGAGGAGCUCGAAUUUACUGAGAUGUCCAGCAAUUUGCGCACUGACUUUGAUGAUUUAAUAAUGGUCAUGCAGUCAACAAUAAUGUCCGAAGUGCAAAGUCGUACUGCUCAAGUGCAUCAUAGUUCCACGUUUAGUCGUCCAAGUGACCCUCCUCGCGCAUCCGCUCCCAGAUUGCAGGCUGCACCUGCGUUGCCGCCAUUAAAGUUACCUACGUUCAGCGGUGGAUAUGCUAAUUGGGCUGAUUUCUACUCAAUGUUUUCUACAAUCAUUGAAAGUCGGCCAGAAAUCAGCAAUAUGGAAAGACUUCAGCACCUCCGGUCCUGCCUCGAUGGCGCAGCGUUGGAUACGGUUCGCUCUUUGGAAAUUUCUAAUGAUAAUUAUACAAUUGCCAUAAAUUUAUUGAAGCAGAGAUAUGAAAACCGAAAGCUGCGUGAACUAUCUGACAGCUUCAAUGUCCAUAUGCGUGCGCUCAGUAGUCUGGGCACAACAGAGCAGAUAGCCAGUGCCAUGAUUGCUCAGAUAUUGCUACAGAAGCUUGAUGAGGCCUCACAAGCUAAAUGGGAAGAGAAAUUGGACAACUCAGAGACGGCUCUUCAGAUACCCAGAUAUGAAGAAGUCUCCUCAUUUCUUGAGCUUCGUUGCCGUACUUUGGAAUCGAUGAAAUUUGCUCUUACAAACUAUUCGUCAAGUAAGCCGAUGAAUUCUUGCAGUAAGGUUGCUACCAGUAGAUCAGCAUUUCUCGUAACCGGCCACAGUACUCACAGUUGCAAUUUUUGUAAUGAUCUUGAGCACACAAUCUACAAAUGCCCAAGAUUCGCAAACUUGUCUCCUAGUCUUCGCCUGAAUGAGGUCCGAAAGGCUGGCUUAUGUUUGAAUUGUCUCAAGGGAGGUCAUCAGUCGCGACAAUGUGGCUCGCGCAGUUGUCGGGUCUGUGGAGUCAAGCAUCAUACGCUUCUUCAUCUCGGCCACUCCAGCACAUCGCAGGCAGCAAUUCCGCCCCAUCAACAAUCUUCAACAUCAAGAGUACAGACCAUCCCUCAGCCCUCAGCACCAGCCACUACUCUCUUAUCCAAGGAUCGGCACAGCGAUGUUGUGCUCCUGGCUACCGCAGUGGUUCUGGCAAGGAAUCGGUUUGGCGAGCUUGUUCCUUGUCGUGCACUUUUAGAUUCAGGCUCUCAACUACAUCUCAUUACAGCCAGAUUUGCGAAUCUCCUGCAACUUAAGAGAACAAAAUCGGUGGCAUCUGUAUGCGGCGUAGGCGACUCCAAUGUUGCCAUGGAUGGCAGCAGCAUUUGCCUCACUCUUCAAGCUCAUGCAUCUGAAUAUACAACUAGCAUAACGGCUAUGGUAGCUACAAAUAUAACUGGCAGGCAGCCCAGUUCUAAUGUGAAUACGAGCAACGUAGUAGAUCUGCUUAUCGGAGCUAGCCUGUUUUAUGAUUUGCUCUGUGUGGGACAAAUCAAGUUGAUGCCUGGACUUCCAUUGUUACAGAAGACUCGUCUUGGUUGGGUUGUAUCAGGUGGCGAGGCUCGCAACCACAACUCCGUGCUAAUAGCUUCAAAGACGCCUUUGGAUCCGAUUACAGACUCCUGUGCUGAUAUCAAGUUGGACAGUCUCGUUCGUCGCUUUUGGGAAGUUGAGCGCUGCAGCGAUUCCAUUCUUCAGGAGUUGAAGCGUCUAUUUCUGUCAGACACCCACCAGAAGGCUGUGAAGGAUUUCUGUUUGGCAGACUCAAUCGAAUGGCAUUUCAUCCCUCCACGAUCACCUCACUUUGGUGGCUUGUGGGAGGCUGCAGUGAAGACAGCGAAGCAUCAUUUUUACCGAUGUGUUGGGUCCUCCGUCCUAACUUACGAUGAGCUUCGCACACUGGUUUGCAACAUCGCUGCUGUCGUUAAUUCACGCCCUUUAGUUUCGAUUUCAGAGCACCCAUCAGACAUAGACGUGUUGACUCCUGCGCACUUCCUCAACGGUGGCCCUCCUUCGUCCUUCAGUGAGCCAAACCUGACAGGGCUCAAUUUUAAUCGUUUGGAUGCUUGGCAGCGCGUAAGCUAUCUCCAGCAGGUGUUCUGGACUCGUUGGCGGGACGAAUAUCUCAACUUGUUACAACAGCGAGCGAAAUGGAGAACCUCCAAACCUGGCUUGGCUGUUGGCAACAUAGUUCUUGUGAAGGAUGAGAAUCUACCUUCACUUAAGUGGCCACUAGCCAGAAUAAUCGAACUUAUCCCUGGAAGUGAUGGCGUUGCACGGGUAGCCCUACUAAAAACUGAAGUUGGCGAGAUAAGAAGAGCUACAAAUAAGCUGUGCUUGCUGCCCCUUAAGGAUUCUGUUGAAGACUAA